AUGUCUAUAGAAUAAGCUACUAAUUAAAUAAGGACUCUAACAAGAGCUAUGUUGUAGAAAGCUGAAACUGGUGAACUUGACACAGAAAUAAGAGUAUUAAGAUAUGAAUGCCCAUUCCUGUACUCAGUUGUACUAGACACUCUAAUUAUAAUAGCAAAUCAAUUUGAUUUUUUAACGCUCGUACUACAUUUAGAGUCACUUGGAAUAAAAGAUAAUAAUGAUGUUUAUUACGAUAAAGUUGUUGAAAAGCAAGUUUACUAUGCACUGAGUCAUUUAUACUAAGAAGCUAAACAAAACCUAUCUCAAGAUCAAGGCUUCAUUACUAAAGUGAGAAAUGCGAUAUCGCUACUAUAAAUAAUGUCUCAAAAAUCUCUCUAUCGAAAUAAGCUUAAAUGGCUAGUUGAAGUUUUAUUAGGUAAACUCUUUCAUUUAGUGGAUAAUAUCAACAAGGCAAGGGAAUAAAUGGAUAAAGUUGACAAAAUACUAAAAAUCCAUUAUUAAAAGAGACUAGAUGACCUGUAAACUGAAAUAGUUAAAAAAUAAACUAUAUCUUUUGAGAAAUUAAAUAGUAUUCCUAGAUUAAACGUUUCAAAAAUAUUCUAUGAAAGCUAUAACUAAGGAUUAGUUUUUUCCUACUAAAAACAGAUGAUCUAUACAGGCAAUCAAAAUUGCCAUAAAUAAAUUUACUGCGGCUUAAAAUACUGGUUAACUAUCAUAAAGAAUUCCAAGUAAUCCUAUAUCUUAUUGUUACAUUAAUAUUAGAAAGGUAUUGAGAUAGCUGACUAUCUACUUUAUACUCUAUAUGAAACCUAUGGGCAAAUGGAUAAAUCUGUGAGAGAUUUCCUAAGGUUAGAAGAUCCAAUGAGAAGGGCUUACUUUUAUUAUAUCGCUGGUCUGACUUAUUCAAUAUACUCAGAUUCAAACGAAUGCUAACUCUAUGCUAAAAGAAAGCUAAUGAAAUAAAAAUCUCUUGAGCUUCUAAAAACUUCAUUAUAGUUUGACAGCAAAAAUCCAUAUUGCCUCUAGCAAGCUGCAGUUUUAUCAGCCGAAUUGAAUAAGGUAGAGUAAUCAAUUGAAUACCUAGACUUGAAGUAUUCUAAUACAGUUGCUAAAGUAAUUCAAAUAUAUUUGAACAACUUAUUCAGGGCAAAGAUUGAGCAAAUUCAUCACGAAUCUAGAAAAGCAAAUGAAGCGAAAUUUAAUGUUAAGGAUCCAAGUUAAAUGCUAGUUGAGACUUACAUGAAUAAAGAGUCACUUGAAUUAAAUAAUGUCAAUAAGAACUUUGAAAGUAUUAACUCAAAAUUCUCAAACAUGAUAUUUGAAAAAUCUGCAUUAAAUCAAAAUGGGGAUGAUGGCAAGCAAAUGAAAUGCUUUUCAACAUUGAUGAAAUUACUUCAUUAAUUGCAAGUGAAAGGGGAUGAAUCUAAGUUGAUUUUGAAUGACUCACAAAUUUCAUGCGAUAAUUUUAUCGAUUACUAAUCUAUAAGACUUUUAGAUGCUGUCCUGAAUAUGUAUGAAGGUGAGAGUGCUGAAAAAUUGAAAGCAAAGAUGACUAUCAAAGACAUUAUUAGGAGCAGUAACGAGACAGACAUUGAGGCUAUUCUUGUAUACUCAGAAAUUCUCAUUGAACUAGAAAAAUAUGACAAAGCAUUUUUCUACUUAAACCAUAGUCUUAAGUAUGAGUACAGAAAUCCGAAUAUUUGGAGACUAUUGGGUGAAGUCUAUCAAUAAAAGGCAAGACUUUGCGAUUCUUAGUCAAAUGGCAAGCAAUUGACAGAUGAGAAGACAUUUAACUUGGAAAAAGCAGGGUUCUCAGGAGAUUUCGUAGAGAACAUGGAGAUCUUUGCUCCAUACCAUUGCCUCAUAGUUCUAGGAUUUGAAGUUCAUGCAGUUUGUCCAGGAAAAUCAAAGGGCGAGAAAGUAGCUACAGCAGUACAUGACUUCGUCGGAUUCUAAACCUACACAGAGAAGCAAGGCCAUAAUUUUGAAUUAAAUGCUACCUUUGAUGAAAUUUAUCCAAGUGAUUAUGCUGGUCUCUGGAUCCCAGGCGGAAGAGCUCCAGAAUACCUUAGAAUGAAUGAGAAAGUUUUAGAUCUUAUCAGACAUUUCUAAGAAGCAAAUAAACCAAUCGCUGCAAUCUGCCAUGGUGCUUAACUUUUGGUUGCUCUUGGUGGUCUCUAAGGUAGAUAAAUCACUUGCUAUCCAGCUUGUGCAGUGGAACUUAAAUUGGCUGGAGCUCAAUAUGUCGAUGCUAAGGUUGAGGAUGCCGUAGUUGAUGGAAACAUUGUUUCAGGAGUCGCAUGGCCUUCAAACCCAGCAGUCUUAUCCCAAUUUGUCAAGCUUCUUGGUGUGACCAUCACUCAUAAUUGA